GCUGGGGAGGGGCGGGCCGCGCCUCGCCGCGCCACGGGGGCUCCCUUCGGAGCCGGGGGUGGGGGUUGCCCGCGGAGGGGCCGGGCCGGCAGCUCCUAGGGGUUUUGGCUCUGAGCGAACUAGGGGCUGCGAGAGUGCGGGCGGAGCUCCGGGACGGCUGGCGGGCGGAGGGCCAGAGGGGGCGGGAGCAGAGGCGCCGCGGGGGAGGGGCCGGCCUGCCUGAGGGGCCGGCGGCGGGGGGCGGCCCCUGACCGCCCGGAGGUCGCCCCGGCAGACGCGGCACAGCCGGAGCGGCGCCGGCCGAGGCGCCUAAGCGCGGCCUCAUGCCCCUGCUCCUGUACCCCUCGCUGCUGUUGCUGGGCACCACGCUGACCUUCCGGGCCGGGCUGCGGGUGCUGUCCCGCCUUCCCCUGCCUGUCCACGUGCGGGGCAACCCCCUGCACACCUGGCGCUGGCGCAACCUGCUAGUCUCCUUCGCCCACUCCAUAGUGUCCGGACUCUGGGCACUGCUCUGUGUCUGGGAGACCCCGGAGAUGCUGGUGGAAAUUGAGACCGCAUCAUCUCUCUCCGGGUAUUUCCUCGUCUGCUUCUCCACCGGCUACUUUAUCCAUGACUCAUUGGACAUCGUGUUGAACAAGCAGGCCCAGGCCUCUUGGGAAUAUCUGCUCCACCAUGUCUUGGCCAUCUUUGCCUUUUCCUCGGGCGUCUUUAAGGGCAGCUUCGUGGCAGGUGGAGUCCUGAUCCUCUUAGUGGAAAUCAGCAACAUCUUCCUUACCAUAAGAAUGAUGUUGAAGCUCAGCAACCAUCAGGACAGUGUUUUCUACAAGAUCAAUAAGUACAUCAACCUGGUCAUGUACUUCCUGUUCCGCGUAGCCCCUCAGGCCUACCUCACCAUGUAUUUCCUCCGCUAUUUGGGCCAGAGGACACAGGGCGCCUUUCUGCUUGGCAUCCUGCUGAUGGUGGACAUGAUGAUUCUUGUCUAUUUCUCUCGCCUCCUUCGAUCGGACUUCUGCUCAAAUGGAAGGGCUCCCCCUUACCGUAACAAAGAUAAGUUUUUGACUGAAUAGGUCCAGCCCAUCAUUUGGGAAAUUUGGGGACUUUUAUCCAUGUGGUAUAGGUACCUCUUUUGGCAACGGCACCUAUUUCUCUACCAACUUAUAUGUACUAUUGAAGAUACUAAAAAAACAAACAAAAAGCCCACCCUCAAAAAACCACACCGCCUGGAAGUCCUGUGUAUUUUCUAUGGUCAAACAAAGCCGCAAAUGGAUGAGAAAAUUCUGGGCACAGUAGGUUGGGGAAGAGUUUUGUGGGUUCCUUGGUACAAUGAAGGUAAAGCCAGGCCAAAGAAAGGUAGUUUGGGAAUAAAGACUAUAGAACAAGUA